AUGGGUCCGAAUAUAAACCAUACUGUUGACAAUAUCCCAUCAAACAGUUCUUCCAAAAUGGAUGAGGAUGACGAAUAUUAUAAGACUUCGUCGAAUACAUCUUCUUUAGAUUCCUCGUCUGAUGAAUUUAGCUAUUUACCCACUGGAGAAUAUAAAGUCCAAAAAAAUAAACCAAAGACUUAUUUAAAUAUAGACGAUAUUGAAAGAGUUACUGAUUCUGAAAUCUUCCCACAAAAGAGACUCUUUUCUUUCUUACAUUCUAAAAAAAUUAAGGAAGUUCCCACAAAUGAUGAUGAAAGACCAAUUUACCCAUUUUUUCAUGCAAAUAUAAUCUCUCGAACAUUUGUCUGGUGGGUUAUGCCCAUCCUUAAAGUAGGUUACAAGAGAACUAUUCAACCAAAUGAUCUUUUCAGGAUGGAUCCGUACUUCUCCAUAGAAAAAAUGAGCUCAGAUUUCGAUAAAAAUAUGGAUUACUAUUUCCAAAAGACUUACAACAAAUAUAGGAAAGAGCAUCCAAACGCUACCGAAGACGAAGUGUACGAGCAUGCCAAAUUGCCAAAAUUAACCGUAUUUAAAGCCCUUUUUUGGACUUUCAAACGUCAGUAUAUCACCUCCUGUAUCUGUGCUAUUUUGGCAAACUGUGCAUCAGCUUUCAACCCAAUGAUCACUAAGAGACUGUUAGAAUUUGUAGAAAGGAAAGCUGUAUUGAAGCAUAUGAAAGUUAAUGACGGUAUUGGCUAUGCCAUCGGUGCAUGUCUAAUGAUGCUCUUUAACGGUAUCCUUUUCAACCAUUUCUUCCAUAAUUCACAAAUAUGUGGUGUUCAAGCAAAAUCCAUCUUAACAGCAGCUGCAUUAAAUAAAAUGUUCAGGGCGUCAAAGUAUGCAAGACACAAAUUCCCUAGUGGUAAAGUCACUUCUUUUGUCACUACAGAUUUGGCUCGUAUCGAAUUUGCUCUAUCAUUCCAACCCUUCCUUAUCGGUUUCCCACCUUUAUUAAUCAUCUGUAUUGUAUUAUUAAUUGUUAACCUGGGUGCCAUCGCCCUCGUGGGUAUUGGUCUUUUCUUUGUUGUUGCUGUAUUCGUAAUGGUCAUCUUCAAGAAGAUUGUUGACCUAAGAAUGUCCGCUAAUACUUUUACAGACGCAAGAGUAACCAAGAUGAGAGAAAUCUUAAAUAACAUGAAAAUGGUCAAAUAUUACGCUUGGGAAGAUGCUUAUGAAAAAAAUAUUCAAGAAAUUAGAUCAGAAGAAAUUUCGAGAGUUAGAAAAAUGCAAUACAUAAGAAAUGGUGUCAUUGCAUUAGCCAUUUCUUUACCAAAUAUCGCAUCCCUAGCUACUUUCCUUUCAAUGUAUAAAGUAAACAAUAUGGGCAGAACACCUGCUAAUGUCUUCUCUUCCUUGUCGCUUUUCCAAGUUUUAGCUUUACAAAUGUUUUUCAUGCCAAUUGCACUAGCUACCGGUAUUGACAUGAUGAUUGGUCUUGGUAGAUUACAAGAUCUUUUACAGGCUCCUGAAGAGCAUUCAAGAUUAAUUGAAGAUAGAAAACCAGAUCCCGAGGUUGAAAAAUCAAAUAUUGCUCUUAAAUUGGACAAUUGCUCCUUUGAAUGGGAUGAUUUUGAAGAAUUAGAUUUACUAGAAGAAGCCGAAAAGAAAAAGAAAGAAAAGAAGAAGAACAAAAAGAAGAAAGACGAUCCUAAAGCUAAAACUAAAAAAUCAUUGAAAAAGGAAAAGGAAAACAAUGAAAUCGAGAAAGCUUUCAGCAAAUUUAGUAAUUUGGAUUUCGAAAUUAGAAAGGGAGAAUUUAUUAUGAUUACUGGUCCAAUCGGUACAGGUAAAUCUUCUUUAUUAAAUGCCUUCGCUGGUUUCAUGAAUAAAACUGAAGGUCGUAUCCAAGUUAAUGGUGAUUUAUUAUUCUGUGGUUAUCCUUGGAUUCAAAACGCUACUGUUAAAGACAACAUAUUGUUCGGCUCUCCUUUUAUUAAGGAAAAGUAUGAAAAUGUAUUAAGAGUUUGUUCUCUGGACGCUGAUCUCAAAGUUUUACCAGCGGGUGAUAAAACAGAAAUUGGUGAACGUGGUAUUAAUUUAUCUGGUGGUCAAAAAGCUCGUAUCAAUUUGGCAAGAGCUGUAUACAAAACCAAGGAUAUCUUUCUUUUUGACGAUGUUUUAAGUGCCGUUGAUUCUCGUGUUGGUAAACAUAUUAUGGAUGAGUGUUUGUUAGAUCUCUUAGAAGGUAAGACAAGGAUUCUUGCGACACAUCAGUUAUCUUUGAUCGAAAAGGCAGAUCGUGUUAUUGUGCUUGGUACUGAUGGCUCUUUUGAUAUUGGAACUGUCGAUGAAUUGAAACAGCGUAACCAAACUCUUACCAAUCUUUUGGAUUACUCAACGACUGAAAGGGAGAACGAAAAUAGGGAUGAAUCCCCUGUUGCUGAUGAAGAAAAUGAUGAGUUAUUGAUUCAAGAAGAAUUGAAAAUUCAGUUGCUACAAACUACUACAAGAAAUGAAGAUGCGGAAGAUGUUUCUGGUGGAGACGGUCAUUUGAUAGAAAAGGAAGAAAGAGCUGUUAACAGUAUCGGAUGGGAAAUUUACAAACAAUAUAUCAUAGCCGGUGUCGGUAAGUGGGGUUUCGUCGUUAUUCCAGCUUACAUUCUUUUCAUUGUGAUAACCUCGUUCUGUCAAGUUUUUUCAUCCGUUUGGUUAUCUUUCUGGACUGAAGAUAAAUUCCCAACUAGAUCACCGAGCUUUUACAUGGGUCUAUAUUCCUUCUUCGUCUUUGGUGGUUUCGUUUUCAUGUGUGUACAAUUUACCACAUUAUGUUCUAUUGGUGUUUUGGCCUCAAAGUGGUUAAAUUUGAAUGCUGUACAUAGAGUAUUGCAUGCUCCAAUGUCAUAUUUGGACACCACUCCAUUAGGUCGUAUUCUUAACAGAUUUACCAAAGAUACAGAUAGUUUGGACAAUGAACUAACAGAAAGUGUUCGUUUAAUGUUGUUUCAAGUCGGCAAUAUUGUUGCUGUCAUUGUGAUGUGUAUUGUCUAUCUGCCUUGGUUCGCUAUCGCUGUUCCCUUCUUAUUCUUCAUGUUUGUGUUAAUUGCUGACCAUUAUCAAAGUACUAGUAGAGAAAUCAAGAGAUUAGAUGCUAUUCAGCGUUCGUUUGUCUACAAUAACUUAAAUGAAGUCCUUGGUGGUAUGGACACUAUCAAAUCAUACAAAGGUCAAAAGAGAUUCCAAGCUAAGUCUGAUUAUUUAAUCAACAAAAUGAAUGAAGCUGGUUACUUGCUUGUUUCCGUGCAAAGAUGGGUUUCGAUCUUCUUGGAUAUGGUUGCAAUUAUUUUCGCUUUAAUCAUUGCUCUGUUGUCUGUUACAGGGGUUUUCUCAUUAUCCGCUUCUUCCGUUGGUGUUUUACUGACUUACGUUUUACAAUUACCUGGCCUACUGAACUCUGUUUUGAGAGCUUUAACACAAACUGAAAAUGAUAUGAAUAGCGCAGAAAGACUUGUUAACUACGCAACCAAACUUCCCUUAGAAGCUGCUUAUAAGAAACCUGAACUAUCUCCUCCAGAGUCAUGGCCUUCAAAAGGUGAAAUUAGAUUUCUUGAUGUUGAUUUUGCUUACAGAUCAGGGUUGCCAGUUGUCUUGAAAGGUCUUAAUCUUGACAUCAAAAGCGGUGAAAAGAUCGGUAUUUGUGGUCGUACGGGGGCUGGCAAAUCUACAAUCAUGAGUGCCUUGUACAGAUUGAAUGAACUAACUUCCGGUAAGAUCUUAAUAGAUGAUGUUGAUAUCAGUACUUUAGGUCUGUAUGAUCUUCGUAGAAAACUGUCCAUUAUUCCACAAGAUCCAGUUCUAUUCAAAGGCACCAUUAGAAAGAAUUUGGACCCUUUCAGCAAUUAUGAUGAUUCUCUGUUAUGGGAUGCUUUAAUAAGAAGUGGUGCUAUCGAAAAGGAAAGUGUAGAAAAGGUCAAAUCUGAGAUGGUGAAUGAAGAAGGAACACAUACUGACAUGCACAAAUUUCACUUAGAUCAAUUAGUCGAGGAAGAGGGUUCUAACUUCUCUUUAGGUGAAAGACAAGUGUUGGCAUUGACAAGAGCACUAGUUCGUCAAUCCAAAAUUUUAAUUCUUGAUGAAGCAACAUCGUCAGUCGAUUACGAAACCGAUGGUAAGAUCCAAAAACGUAUUGUGGAAGAGUUUGAUAAUUGUACCAUUUUAUGCAUCGCUCACAGGUUGAAAACAAUUUUGCAAUACGACAGAAUUCUAGUUCUAGAAAAAGGUGUCAUUGCUGAAUUUGACCAACCUUUUAAGUUAUUUUCUGAUAAAGACUCCAUUUUUAGAAGUAUGUGUGAAAGGUCUAAUAUUACAGAAUCCGAUUUCAAAAUUCAAAAAUAG